ACGGUUUGUAAGAUUUACUGAUGCAAUGAUUUUUGGAGCCACAUGUUACUGGAUUGAUAACAAUAAUUGAACUAUUCGGACUAAGUUUUUAUGUAUAUCGUUACUUGUUUAUAUCCGCAUGUAUACCAUGAAGUACCCUGAAAGCUGCAUUGUUAAAAAUCCAGACAUAAUUGUCAAAAUUUUUGAGCUUUCGCGUUUUUGUGAAACAGAGGACAGUCGGGUCUUAAAGCUUGCCAGUGAUAUUCCUCUAGCCUGGACUCUGUCCUUUUGGACAUGCUGUCUUGUUGUUACGAUGCUUGCAAGCUGCAAUCCAAGGAUUCUAGCAUUGGUUGUCUGGGACUCGAUGCCUGUGAUUCGGACGCUCUUGGAACUCUGUAUCUCUCAGCACUAUUCAUUCCCUCCACCUAACUAUACCUCUCGCUCAGAGCCAUCGUCUGAGCGUCUUUUGCGAUUAGGGAUGAUGGCAGAACUAAAGGAUCGAGAUUGUGUUCUUGCAUGGGAAAAAGAAGCGCUUAUUGUUCAAGGACUCUGGGGCGAGGAUCGUGGCAACAAUCCGUUGGAACCCAAUCAAAGCGAAUAUGUUGGUUGGCUUAUGCGGCUUGACUUUGGACCAACACAACCAGCGCGAGCACCCCCAAUGGAAAUCAUGCAGCAAUUGAGAGGAAUGAAUGAGCGAUUCAGUCUGGGCAUGAAGCUUGCGAGCUCCAGAGACCCUGAUUAUCUUGGAAGAAUGGUUGGCAGCGAUGAUGAUGCAGCCUGGGUUGACCAGUUACUGAGGGAUGUGCCAGAGAUCCUCAACGCUUUGCCAGCAGCAACGCUUUGUGCUAGAUAUUGCCGAUCUGUUCUGUCUCAAAAGGUGACUCCGGGUGAUAGCGCCGCCUCCACCACUGACAGUGGAAUCGUUGACACGAGCAUAAAAAAGAAGUUGGUUGGGUAUUUGGAGAGUGUCAUGGAACUGAGCUCAACCUCUGCGGCUCUUUAUAGCAGUCAAACUCAAGAUCCAUCAUCGCGAUUCCAAGAAGCCCGAGAUAUCUUCGAGUAUUUCCUGGUGCGUCUAUGUCCAUUAGCAUCAGCAUCAAGCUCAACCGAUAUGGAGACUGUAGUCUAUGAGACUAAGGUAGCCAUGGGUGCUCUAUUUCAUGGUGCACUACAAUGGCCAAACGUACUCCUACAAACUAUCCAAAAAACUCCAGGAACAGGGUUUUUUGACAAAGCGUUGCAAUGGAUCGAAGAUAUUGUUAAAGUUGAAAAUGAUGUCAAGUGGAUUGUCUCAAGUAUACAGUUCCUGCUGAAGCUAUGUACUGGGGCAGAUAUUGAUAACUCAUUGGAACAGAGUUUGUUGACAAUCGCGAGGCUCUUGACUGGCCGACUCUUCAUCUUUGACUGGCUUGUGCAUGAACAUGAUGCUCUUAUAAAAUCGAUCGCCAAGAAGGUCGACGAGCACCUUUCAAAAAGCGAUAGCGUGAUGGAGGAUGUAGCUGGAAAAAAGGCAGACUAUGCUGUAUGGCGUACAACCGCACGAGCCAAAGUCGAAGUGAAGAUGUCUGAUGGAACGUUAUUAAAUAUAUACCCAGAAAUUUUGAGACUGGCACUUUUGAUCCUCUCAGUUGGUGAUGUUAAUAAGCAAGCUGGAUCGACAUGGAGUAGCUUGUUUGGAGACACCAGUGACGCUCAACACAUGCCCAAGAGACUUGCUGAUGGACAGGCAUUACUCAGCUGUGAUCCAUCUAUGCCCAACGAUAUACAGUUUCGAUUGCGUCUUGUUCAGUUUAGUCGAGAAGCAGAGGUUGUAAGAGUAGCAAUGGAUGGAUUGAGCCUCAUUCAAACCAUCGACAUCGCAAGGAACACAUAUGGGGUCAACGUCAAAAUGGCUCAGAUCAUCCAUGGGGCCUUAUUAAUGGCGUUGGAACAGGAGCGGGAGCGUUCUGUACCUGUUCACCUUGAGCAAGAAUCUUUAAAGAGACUUUUACUGUUAAUCAAGUAUUAUGCAGAUCACGGUGGCGAAUUUAGUCAGCGAGCUCUAGAGUUUAUUCGGAGCAGGUUCGCUCUCGAUCCUUCAAUAACAUCAAUCUCAGCCCCGAGACCUCUUAAGGAGACAAAUAUUCGCCUCCCAGAUUUUUUCCAGUUAGCUCUAUAAUAGUUAAUGCUUGUGCCCAUAAAACUAAAUGUUAUAACCAUGUAG